UUCGAACUUCGCGGUGGUCCUGGAAAUGACGCGUCCCCCGAGUCGCCCGUGGUGGGAGCACACGGGAGUGCCGAGCACGAACAAGCACCGCUAGGCGGGUCGCACCCACGAGCCGCAACAUGACGGUGACGGUGCACCAGCUCAGCGACGGGACCUCGGGGUACGUGCCGCUCCUGGACGUCAGUGGGCUGGUCGCCGUCCUGUACCUGCUCGCCGUGCGGGGCCUCUUCGACCGUUGCAACGUCGAGCUGGGCCACGACGCGUACGGCGAGUACCCGAGCACGUACGCGCGGCGCCUGCCCCGCUGGCUGCGGAUGCCGUUCAACACGGCCGUGAACGUGCUGUACCUGCUGUGCGGCUGGUACUGGCUCCGCAAGGCGGGCUGCGAGGAAGAGACCCGCGCAGAAACAAAGGCGCUCCGCGGUCCGUUGCUGAUGCCGGCUGAGGCGGCCUACUGGUUCCGAGCGUACGGCUGGCUGUGUGUGCACAGGGGCAUCGUCCAGGCGCUCUUCAUGGUCGCCCAGAACCGGAGGCUGGCGUCGCUGUGCGAGCUCAGUCGCCUACUCAUCGUGUCCUGGUGCGUGCUGUGGAGCCUCCGGCUACUGGGCUUUCUGGGCGAAGGCACGUCGCGCUUCGUGGCUGCCCUGGCUGUUCCCGUGGUUCACUUCGUGUGCUGCCUGCGCGACCCGCGAGGCCAUGAGCGCGCCGAGAUCCACCAGGGGCUGUUGAUGGUGCUGCUCAUGGCCUGCCUUCAGUUUCGCUACGGGGACGUGGCGCACUCCCUGACGUCGCUGGUCCUGGGAUGCGUUUGCGCCGCGCUCUUGGCGGUCCUGGCCCGCAACGACAUGCAGCUGGCGCGGUCGGGCCCGCCCCUGUUCCGCUCGCUGACGGGCUUCUUCUGGUCGCGGGUGUGCGAGGCGCUGGUGCUCCACUGCGCCGCGCGUUUCAUGUUCGCCGUCUCGGUGAACAAGUACGUGGACAGCUCGCUCCAGUACGACUUCCCGGGGACGCCGACCGUCGCCGAGGGCGGUGCCACCUAG